UUGGAGAGAGAAGAAAGCCCCGCGUGAAGUUUGUUACGGUAAUCUGAGGAGUGACUUGGCAGAAAAAACAAUGCCACAUUUCCUGUGGCCGGAGCCGCUGUCACCCGCACAACUCAAGCGGCUGGAGGAGCAUAAAUACAGCUCCUCCGGUCGGUCUCUGUUUGAGCCCCCGUUUCAGAUCUACUGGAACUGGCUCGUCCAGCAAACUCCGACAUGGAUCGCACCAAACACUCUGACUAUUGUCGGACUGCUGGUGAAUAUCCUCUCCACGAUGGUGCUUGUCUAUUAUUGUCCCACGGCAACAGAGGAGGCUCCAGCAUGGGCCUUCAUCAUGAGCGCUCUGGGCCUGUUCAUCUACCAGUCUCUGGACGCCAUCGACGGGAAACAGGCCAGGAGGACCAACAGCAGCUCGCCGCUGGGGGAGCUAUUCGAUCACGGCUGCGAUGCCGUCUCCACAGUCUUUGUUGCGAUAGGAACAUGCAUUUCAUGUGGAAUAGGAAGAUACCCAAACUGGAUUUUCUUCUGUGGUUUCAUCGGGAUGUUCAUGUUCUUCUGCGCCCACUGGCAGACCUACGUGUCCGGGACGCUCCGCUUCGGCCUGAUUGACGUCACAGAGGUGCAGAUCGCCAUCAUAACCAUGUACUUGAUGUCGGCUUUCGGGGGCGUGAGCCUCUGGCAAACCACGUUGCCCAUCCUUGGACUGAAGCUGUACGCCUUCCCCAUCAUGGGCAUCAUCGGCGGGGCCCUCUAUUCCUGCUACAACUACUUCCAUGUUAUUUUGAACGGAGGUGUCGGCAAAAACGGCUCAACCGUCGCUGACACCAGCGUGCUGACUCCCGGUCUGCACGUCGGCCUCUUCCUCACCCUCGCCUUCAUCAUUUUCAAGAAGUCGUCGAGUCAGCUGUUCGAGCUCCACCCCUGUCUCUACCUGCUCGCCUUUGGCAUGGUCAUCUCCAAGAUCUCCAACAAGCUCGUGAUCGCACACAUGACCAAGAGCGAGUUGCAUCUCCCGGACACAGCCUUCGUCGGCCCCGGCCUCCUCUUCCUCAACCAGUACUUCAACAGCUUCAUCGACGAGCACAUAGUCCUCUGGGUCGCUUUGGUCUUCUCUCUCCUCGAUCUAUCGCGUUAUUGUACAGGCGUGUGCCUCCAGAUCGCCUCCCACCUGCGCAUCCAAGUCUUCAGCAUCACGCCGCCGAGCAACGCUCACCGCGACUGACGGCUUGCCCGGCGGGAGGAGGCGGGGGGAGAUGCAGACCUCUCCCCGCUCCUGAAAGCAGACAAUGACGACGAGGGUCUCUCCUCGUCGUCGACGCAGAGCCACUACAGCCUUGACAAAGUGACCACUUCUGAGUAAAACUGCCUCUCCCACAUGACGGAAAAAUAUCUCAACUCUACAAACCAAAAAAAAAAAAAAUAUAUAUUGAAAAGCAUGGAAUGAAAAAUUACAGGAGUUUCCCUGGAAAGUUUUUAAUUUGGACAUCAGUGUGCAUGUUGUUAAAAAAAAAAAGAAAAAAAAAGGUUUUUACAUCUACUUCCUGCUUAUUCAAUUCAAAUACCAAAAUAUUUCUCUAACUUUAUAGUUUGGGCAAAUAUCAAAGCAUUUUUAUCUUUUAUAUUUACAGACAUGUGGGAUCAACAUAGAAUAAAUGAUGCAUCAAUAAUGAGGUAAAAAUGUUUGAUAGCUGCCCAAACUAAAUGAAUAACCUUUUGAAAGUUUUCUCAAUCAUUUGUUUU